AUGCAUGCCAACGCAUUCAAAAUGACCAUCACUAAACUUUGCCUGGCUCUUUUCUUCUUGUCUCAGAUUCAAGUUUCAAUUUCGAGUAAUCAAACGACAACUCGGGACGAAUUUGUAGAAUCUCGAGAAAGCGAGCUACGGAGAUCUUUGGUUUAUUAUUAUGACCCUUACCUUAGACCAGUUAAAUUAGCUUCACAGACAAUUACGGUACACUACGAUAGCUCAAUCUACCAACUUGUAGGUUUCAACACUAAAGAUCAAACGAUUCAAAUGCUGAUGUUUCAGCGACUUUAUUGGCACGACGAACACUUGACAUGGGAUCCAAAAGAUUACAGCGACAUCCAGUGGAUCCGAUACAACCGGCUUGUAAUCUGGACUCCCGAUGUUUUGCCAUACAACGAUGUUGGGCGCCAUGAUCAUGAAAAGCAUGACUGGACCAUUCCGGCUCAAGUUCAUUUCUCGGGCCAAGUAAAAUGGUUCCGACCAGUUAACUUUGAAACCACGUGUUCUCUCGAUGUGACCAAUUUUCCAUUCGAUAUUAAAACGUGUGUCAUUGAAAUUGGUUCGUGGCAGUACUCGCUAUCCGAACUGAAUGUUUCGUGUCGGAAUCACCAAUCCAAUUUGUCCUCUUUUGUCUCCGACAGUCUAUGGGAAAUAAAAGAUGCAACUUGUGCUGAAGUUGUUCAUCAAUACAGCGGUGGAGAAUUUGGAAUCAUACACUUAACUGUCACCUUCAAACGACUGUCCAAAUUCUACGUCCAAAACCUCAUACUUCCAAACGCCGUUCUUUUGUCGUUGUGCACCCUAACUUUCUUCAUUCCAGGAGAAAUUGGCGAAAAAGUGAGUUUCGGAGUGACUGUUACACUCGCACUAUGCGUCAACUUGAUGAUUGUUACCGAUUUUGUACCCGAAACUUCGAAGACUUUUCCAAAAAUCUGCACCUACUUUCUGCUUAGUAUUGUAUUCUCGUGUAUUUCUAUUGUUAUCGCCACUUUAUCGAUCAACUUCAAAGGUCACAGACCAAUUGGGAAAAAGUACGAAAUUGCUCAGCCAAUGAACGCAGAGGAAAAUCAAACUGCUCCAAGUAAUUCAGAUGAAACAAAAAAGAGAAUUUUUGGGAAGAAAAUGAUCAAUUUCUUGACAAUAAUUGCAAAAGUACUCACACGAAAAAAGAUUGACAUGAUUCUUGGUGCAUUAUAUUUCGUUGCUACUUCGAUUUUCACCUUUUCGUUUAUAUAUUCAAUAAAUAAUUGA